CAAAAAUGGGCAGCGCACUCGGACGCAAUCCCAACGAUGGCGGCCCCAGCAGCUUUGGAGACUUUUACGCCGUGCUGUCUAUCGAGAGGGAUGCGACAAGUGAGCAAAUUCGGAAAGCGUAUCUCAAGAAGAUCAUCGAGACGCACCCAGAUAAGAACUUGGAGGAUGCCGAAGGGGCAAACAGGCGUUUCCGGCUGGUAAAGAAGGCGUACGAUGUGUUGAUGGACGACAACGAACGAAAAAGGUACGAUAUAUAUCCGGAAGCAUUCCAUCGCGAAGUAUCCGACUGCGACGAAAAUGCAAUGAGCGCGGAAGAGAGUUGCCCUGAUUACCCGAGUGUCCCAGGUGGGUGGACGAAUGACGGUGGCAGCGACAACGACGAUGCCGGCGGGCCAUACCACUUCUUCCCUGGAGGAGGCGGAUCCAGGUCCAGCCCCGAAAACUCGUUCUCCGAAGAUGACGACAAGGUCUCCUUCGAGGAUCUCAUCACGUUCCUGCGCUCCCUGGAGGGUUUGUCUUGGACUGCCGGCGAGAGUCAUCCCACGAGUGCAUUCAACGUCAUACCCGAGUUUUUCGCCCGGCUUGUCGACGAUGAGCUGCGCUGCAGCGACAAAAAGGCUUCGUCGUAUCCCUCCUUCGGAGACGCGCAAUCCGUGUUUGAGCUCUCUACCUACACAGAUGAAGAACGCGCCAAUAUAUCCGGAACCGAAGUCCGGCGGUUCUAUGCCUUUUGGUCCAAGUUCCAGACUGCGAAGCGGUUUGAGUGGUUCGAACCUGUUUAUUGUCCUUACUCCUUUGAUGAUCCUCAAUACCAGAGGUUCUAUCGGAAGAUGAACAAGAAAUAUCAGGACGCGCUGCGGUUCAAGUAUUCUGAGAUUAUCAAGCACCUAAAUUCCAACACAACAAGCCUCCAGAAGUUGGACGCUGAGAGGAAGCAGAAGAAGCAGAAGAAGAAAGAUAGGAAGAAAGGUUCUGUAUUUUGUAAAUCAUUGGGACCACUUGAUAGCGAGGCAAAUGUCAGCUAUCAGUCUGCUGUGUGCAGGCCCGUGGUAGCAUGGGUCGUGGACAACGAGAAGCAAAGAUGGGUUAAGCCCAGGGAUUCGAACCCUCAGUGA